AUGUCGUCCGAGAAGUUGGAAGGCGUUCAUCACGCUAGCCAAAGCCGACCUCGGCCAAGCAAGAAGGGCCGCUGGAUUCUUACCGCCAUCGUCACUGUUUGUGGACUUCUUUGGCUGCGGCCAGACCAAAGUCGGCUUCAUGAUACAUUUGGAUCCCAUCAUGACGGCAAGGGCAAUCAAUCUCUCCCUUUCUGGGACCGACUUGAGCCGAGCGAGAAGCUGUCAUGGACCCCAUGCUUCCGCGACGCCGGCAACUUUUACUGUGCCCGGCUCACCGUGCCCAUGGACUAUCGCCGCCCGCUGAGCGAGUCUCCCAGCCACCCCAAAGUGCACAUUGCCCUCGUUAUGCUGCCUGGGGAGGGCCAUAGCGAGGAGUCGGGAAGAUUCUCCGAGUCCCCACUCCUGAUCAACCCCGGCGGACCCGGAGGAAGCGGGACCGGCUUUGCCCUCAGCGCGGGACCGGGCAUGCAGGCAGUGGUGGGCCGACACCACGACAUCAUCGGCUUCGACCCCCGGGGCAUCGGUGGCACAUCGCCGCAAGCCGACUGCUUCAUGGGAUCGCAUGACGCCGACGACCCGGCGUCGAUCGAUGAGCAUAACCGCGUCGUCAGGAACCGCAUGAUCUGGAGCCUUCAGAGCCUGACCGCUGGCGUUGGCAAUGACAGCUCCAGCGCCCUUCAAGAUAUGUACGUCCACGCCAAGGCGCUGGGGAAGCUUUGCGCAGACAAGAACACCGAGGACAGCAUCUUCAAAUAUGUUGGCACUCCGCAUGUGGCGCGGGACAUGCUCUCCAUCGUCGAUGCUUGGGAUGAGUGGACACGGAGCCUCAAAAGCAAGGCAAUGCCGUGCAUGAGGCAACCUGCAACGGCAUCACCAGAAGAGGCUGACGCUGACCCAGCGUUGAGCACCCGUGGCAAGCUUGUAUACUGGGGUGUGAGCUAUGGUACAUUCCUGGGAUCUACCUUCGCUGCAAUGUUCCCCGACCGAGUGGGAAGACUUGUUCUAGAUGGGGUGGUCGAUAGUGAUAUUUACUUCAAAAAUGCUUGGAUGGGUUCGAUCCAAGACGCGGACAAGGUCUUGGACCGCUUCUUCUCUCUGUGCCACUCUGCGAAGGAGGACUGUCUUCUCUACAGGAAAGGCGACAAUGUCGAGGACGUCCGAUCGCGCUUUGAGAGUGUUAUGAACAGUCUCAAGGAGGAGCCCAAGAUCGUCAUCUCGAAGCAGAUCAGACUCCCUGCUCUCCUUCCGCAUGCUCAACUGCAGGCGGCGCUUUUUGUCUUGAUGUACUUUCCGGUCAUGUCCUUCCCUGCGCUCGCUUAUAUUGUAGAUUCUCUACAUCGAGAUGCGGACUUGAGCAGUCUGAUGGGAGGCCCACACGUCGAUGUCAUGUGCCAUGCCGACCAAUACCUGUCCCAGUUUCCGGAGGACAGUCCAGUCGCUACAGGUUGCGCCGACUGGAAAGCCUUGAAUAAUCUUCCUUUGUCUGCAGUGCAGAAGAUGUUUGAGGAGCUGUCGCCGACCUCUUCCUUCGCAGGCGUGUUCAUGAGGUUUAUGGCACGGUGUGUUGGGUGGGAGGUCGACGUGGAGGAUAACCCAUAUCUUGAUUGGGACAGCUUCCCGACAGUGGACAGGGCUCCAGUCAACACGUCAUUUCCGAUUCUCUUCAUAUCGACGACCAUCGAUCCAAUUACCCCUCUUCACCAGGCUUUGACCAUGACACAGCGAUUUGGGAAUUCCGGGCUGAUUGAGCAGCUCUCGGAAGGUCACAGUUCUUUAUCUUCAGUAUCGCUCUGCACCAUUGGCAGGAUCAAGGCCUACCUGAACGAAGGCAUGACUCCACCACCGCCGGAACUUGAUGAGUCCGCUGAAAAGAGCCAACACGCCACUGGCAAAUGGGUUCAAUGCAAGGCCGAUGAGAAGCCAUGGCGGCCGUUUGGCACACCAGAAUGGCUUCAAGAAGCACGGGGUCUACACGCUCAGGAGGAUAUCGAAGUCCUGCAGUCCUGGAAAGAAGUGCAGCGCGCUCUGAAGAGCCACUUAUUCGCAGGCAUAGAAUUGGAUGACGGCCCUCUGAAGAACGUUGCCCAUAUGGAUUACGAUCAGCUAGAAAUGGUCAUGGUGUCUUGA